AUGUCUUCAGAGGUCGAAGAUGCUUUGAAGGCUACCAAAGUAGCCAGCCAGCCUGGGAUCCGAGGUCCUUCUAGGGAUCAAAGGGAUACUUGCAUUAUCAUGGAUCGGACCGAGGGAGCUAGGUUGGAUGUCGUCUGGAAGGAACUGGGCUGGUUCAUGACGGUUAAGCUUGGUCUGCAGCUUUGCCGCUUCGUGAAAAUCCUCAGAUCUGUUACCUCACCAACCGCUGGAUCGCUUGCGACAGGCGAAUGCAGGUCUUUCUUUCUAGAAGAUCGUUACGGUCUUCCAGCGAAUUCUGGUCCAUCCGAAAUCGCCCACUUCUUCCGAUUCUGGACGAACUUUACGUCCAUACGGCGAGCGAUGCAAGCAGCAAAGCAACCUCAAGUACCAGACUCAUCAGAAAUCACUGUGGGGGUGCCAAUGAGUAUUGAGCAAUUUGUCUUGACUCAUCAUGAUCUUGCGCCACGCAACCUGAUAGUUUCUCCUUCUGGUCAGCUUUCACUCCUUGACUGGGAUUUGGCUGGCUUUUACCCUGUUACCUUCGAGUACGCAUCCAUGUACAAUUUCAUCAUUCCUCAGGACUGGGGCUUAAUGGCCCGUUUACGGUGGCAUCUAUUUGUCUGGAUCGCAGCUGGCUAUCAUGAGGCUGACGCUCGCCUGCUACACACUAUGCGUUUUAAAUUCACAUGA